UUUAAUGAAAUUUAUUAGCCUGUUUACGAAGUGUGCAUAACGGUAAUUUGUGUCCUGAACAGCAGUGUAUAUGCUGUGAUUUGCGUUAGUUUCAGUAAUGCGACUACGAGACAGAUGGCUCAGAAAAUCCCUGCAUUAGCAUUUUAAUCAUCCGGUGUUAUUGGCAGCGUCGCGUGGAGUUACAUAAGACAAAUCCACUUCGAUAAAAGUAUUGUUGCAGCAUUCUGGACGUCAUACAGGGGUUAUCAGCAGAACCCUUUGGCCUAGCAGAUAGCUGUCAGGACUAUCAGCGUGUCGAAAACAUCCGCGGGGGGUGUAGUGGACGGCCGUAACUCUGAGAGGAGAGACUAGUUAUUACACGUAACGGGACGGCACAGGCGGAGCCACAUUCAGUUGCCCGAGAACUGGUAAGUCAACAGUAGAGUGAAACCCGCAGCAAACAUGAGUGGCGACGCGUCGUUCAUGAACCAGACCCUGGGGCAGGCAGAUCCGGAGCUGUAUGACAUUAUUUGCAACGAGAAAGACCGGCAGCGGGCCGGCUUGGAGAUGAUCGCCUCCGAGAACUUCACUUCGGUGCCCGUGCUGCAGUGCCUCAGCUCGUGCUUGCACAACAAGUACUCGGAGGGCCUGCCCGGACAGAGAUACUAUGGUGGUAAUGAGUUCAUCGAUAAGGUAGAGCUGCUCUGCCAGAAGCGUUCGCUGGAGGCAUAUCGCCUGGACCCGGAGAAGUGGGGCAUUAAUGUCCAGCCUUACUCGGGCUCUCCUGCCAACUUCGCAGUAUACACUGCAAUAGUUGAGCCACAUGGCAGAAUAAUGGGUUUGGAUUUACCUGAUGGUGGCCACCUUACACAUGGCUACAUGACAACUAACAAGAAAAUAUCCGGAACUUCAAUAUUUUUUGAAUCCAUGCCAUACAAAGUAGACCCAGCAACAGGACUGAUUGAUUAUGAUAGGCUGGCAGAGACAGCAAGACUGUUCAAACCAAAACUGAUCAUUGCAGGUAUUAGUUGUUAUUCGCGCUGUCUGGAUUACAAGCGUUUCCGACAAAUUGCUGAUGAAAAUGGAGCAUACCUUAUGGCUGAUAUGGCUCAUGUGUCGGGGUUGGUUGCUGCUGGACUUAUACCAAGUCCAUUUGAGUUCAGUGAUAUUGUCACAACCACCACUCACAAGACACUGAGGGGUCCUAGAGCUGGCAUAAUCUUCUUCAGGAAAGGUAUUCGCAGUGUGGGCAAGAAUGGUGAAAACAUUAUGUAUGACUUGGAAUCGAAAAUUAACCAGGCUGUGUUCCCCGGACUCCAAGGCGGGCCACAUAAUAAUGCUAUUGCAGGUAUUGCAACUGCAAUGAAGCAGGCUACCACACCAGAAUUCAAGAAGUACCAAGAACAGGUUAUAAAAAAUGCAAAAAGACUAAGUGAUCGCUUAAAAUCAGCUGGCUACAAGAUAACAACUGAUGGAACUGACGUUCACUUGGUCUUGGUAGAUCUUCGUUCAGCUGGGCUGACAGGAAGCAAGGCAGAACACAUUCUUGAGGAAAUAUCUAUUGCAUGCAAUAAAAAUACAGUUCCAGGUGACAAAAGUGCCUUCAACCCAAGUGGCAUUCGUCUUGGCACUCCUGCUCUUACCACCAGAGGCCUAGUGGAGAGUGAUAUUGACAAAGUGGUGGAGUUUAUAGACAGAGGACUGAAGCUUGCAAAAGACAUAACCACCAUAUCUGGGCCAAAGAUGGUAGACUUCAAGCGAGUUUUGGCGACAGAUACCAACAUUGUGCCAAAGGUGAAGGCACUACGAGAAGAAGUGGAAACCUUUGCCAGAAAAUUUUCUCUGCCUGGUUACCCAGAUUAUUGAGCUAGUCUGAAACUUAUUCGUGUAAGAAUGAUGCCAUAAUGUAUUCUGAAAAAUGUGGAAUUUACUAAAAACAAAUUGCAUGUGCCA